AUGGCACCGUUUGACGAUUGGAAUAAGCUUGAAGACGAGGAUGAUGAGGAGUUGCAGGAUAGCUCGCUCUAUGAAGGGAAGAAGGAUGUCAUCCUUUUCUGCAUUGACUGUUCACCUUCCAUGCUGGAAAUGCGCGAAGACCCACGUUACGAGGACGUCCAGACGUGCAACCUCUUCGUAGCGCUUGAAGCCGCGAUGCAAGUUCAGAAGAGAAAGGUUCUCGUCGGCCCGAGUGACUCAGUGGGGAUUAUGCUGUUCAAUACCACGAACCGCAACGAAAGCGGCACUGCGGGCGCGGACAUCAAGAAGGGUACCUAUGUUUACCAACCUAUCUCCGUAGUCGAUGCCCCGAAGGUCAUGGAGCUUUCUCAGCUCCUCGACGAGGCCCGGGAGAAGCCAGAGGUCUUGCGGGAGACAUUUCCCCCGAUGGAGACAAAGCGUGUUCCCGUAGGAGACGUCUUCACGAGCUGCAACUGGGUAAUGCGUGACGGAGCGCCAAAGACGGCAAGCAAACGCAUAUUCUUCGUCACUGACGAAGACAACCCACACCCCGGCGCUGCAAGUAGCCGCCUCAUCACCUCGGCUCGUACGACACUCAUCGAUCUUGUCCAAGCUGGGAUUACCGUUGAGCCGUUCUUCAUCAGCACCGACAACAAACCGUUCACCCCCGCAACCUUCUACUCUUCCGUUCUCGUCACGACGAAUAUCACCGACGCCGAUGAAACAGAUGACGGCUCUAUCUUACCAGAGUCGAUAUCCAUUGGCCGGAUUGACGAGCUUCUGGCGCAAAUGCGCUACCACGAAGUGCCAAAGCGGGCGCAGUUCACGACGCCGCUGACACUCGCGCCCGGGCUCGUCAUCGGAGUGAAGGGAUUCGGCCUCCUAACGGAGCAGAAGCGAGGCGCGUACCGGUACUUCGCCGACCUCGGCGACAGUAUGGAGGCCGUGACCUCUCGUACGUCUUACGUGGACGAAGACCGGGACACGGCGGCCGACAAAGCGCAUAUACAGUAUGGGAUGGAGCUCGGGGCUCGGGCGGCAGACGCUGAGGAGGGCGAAGAAGACAGCAGGCCGAAGGAAUUGACCGGUGCCCGCGCUGUGCCCCUCGGCAGCCGCGUAUUCUUUACCGCUGACGAAGUGCGGUCCUUCCGCACGGUCGGGCUCGAGCCUGGCAUUAAGGUGCUAGGUUUCAAGAGCCGGAAGGACCUUGCCUUCGAAGACAACAUCAAGCAUUCGGUGUUCAUCUAUCCUGAUGAGAUGACAUACUCGGGGAGCAAGCGCACAUUCACGGCCCUCCUUCGAACGACGAUCAGGAAAAAGAAGAUCGUCAUCGCCAUCGCGCUCACCCGCCGCAACGCCUCUCCCAUUUUCUGCGCAAUGCUGCCGCAGGGCGAAAAGGUCGACGCGAGCGGCUGGCGUGAGCCGCCGGGCUUCCACCUUAUCCCGCUGCCAUUCGCCGACGACAUCCGAGCCGCUCCCGUGGAGUCGGCUUUCCGCGCUUCCGACGAGCUCGCGGAGCAGGCAGCAGAGUGGAUAGCGAAGCUAAUGGUCAAGAACGGAACGUAUCCACCCGACGCCUACCCGAACCCAGCCCUUGCGUAUCACAACGCUCAGCUCGAGGCAAGCGCAUUUCGAGAAGAGUUCGACCCAGAAGCAUUCGAGGACCUGACGGAACCGAAACACGACAUGAUACACAGGCGGGCAGGCCAGCUGAUGAAGGCGUGGAAGCAGGUCCUGCGCGAGGACGACACGGCGAACAUAGUCGCCGCACCCGUCGCAGGCACCAAGCGGAAGGCGGACGUGAGCGUGGACGAGGCCGAGAUUCGCAGCAAGUACGACGCCGGUGCGCUCGCGAAGCUCCGUGUCGAUCAGCUCAAGGAAUUCCUGAAGAGCAAGGGCGAGGCUGUCUCCGGCAAGAAGGCGGACCUCGUCGAGCGCGUCGCGGACUGGCUCGCCGGGCACGCCUGA